AGUACAAAAGACAGACAAGAUCGCAAAAGCAUACCUCAAACAGAUAUUAAAAUAAAAUAAAAGACAGCUUUGAGUGAACACCUUGAACGUCGUUUUGACCCACGCAGGAGUUUCAAGUGAAAAUGGUGACCAACCACCAUUAUACUCGAGUUGAUACCUUAGAGCUCAGAAAUCUAAUAUGUAGGAAGAUUGGACAGCAGAGAGCUGAAAAGUACUUCAGUGAGCUUAGAAGAUUUUUUAGUUCAAAACUGAGCAAGGUUGACUUCGACAAGUCUUGCAUUCGAACUAUUGGAAGAGAGAAUAUCCACCUACAUAAUCGUCUUCUUCUAUCCAUAUUGAAGAAUGCCUCUUUGGCUAAGGUUCCUCCACCGAAACCUAAAAAGGUUGAAGAAUCUCUCAGCAUCAAAGUCGGGAAUGGUUAUCAGAGGAGUUGUCUGCAGUCUCUCUAUGGUGAUGCAUUUCCCUCAUCACCUCGCAAAACCAGGUCUCCGGUUAGUAGAGACAAAAGGUUCCGGGACCGUCCUAGUCCUCUUGGACCACUUGGGAAGAGUUCUACUAUUACUUGUGAAGAAGCAACGCCUCGGAUACAAGAACAGGAAAGUGCCACAGAAUUGCAUUCUCUUGGUAGCAGACCUCCAGUUGAAGUUGCGUCUGUAGAAGAUGGGGAAGAAGUUGAACAAUAUGCUGGAAGUCCAAGCAUACAAAGCAGAAGCCCUGUCACUGCCCCUUUUGGAAUUUCUGUGAAUGCAGGUGGUGCUCGAAAAGCUCUCCAUAGUGGAUCUAUAUAUAACUUUAGUCUGGAGACUUGUCAAAACCGUGGAGAAUUGCCUGACAGUAGAUCUCUAAGAAGCCGUUUGGAGCGGAAGUUAGAGGCAGAGGGGCUUGGCAUAUCAUUGGACUGUGCUAACCUGCUAAAUAAUAGUUUAGAUGCAUUCUUGAAAAGACUGAUUGAACCUUGCAUAGGACUGGCUGGCUCACAACAUAGAAAUGAAUGCGUCAGACAUCGUAAUGCCCAAAUACUGCCUGGAUGGUAUGGUCAAUAUCCUGGGAAUCAUACAGAAAGACAAAUAAAAUCCUCAUGUGCAAGGAUGUUGGAUUUUCGAGUGGCAAUGGAGAGAAAUCCUCGUAUACUUGGGGGAGAUUGGUCCACACUACUUGAGAAGGUCUGUGCUUGCGCUUCUGAAUAAACAGCUCAUCGCUAUCAACUUGUUACCUGAUGGAUAAGUGGAGAUUUCAGGCUUUUUGCGUCUAAUUUGAUGAUGAGGUCCUUGUCAUGAUUUCUCAUGAAAUUAAGAAUCCGUUAGAAUUGUCAAAGGAAUAAGCAUGUGAAUAUUGUAGGAAGUUGUCGGAUAUGCGUGGGGUGAGAUUUGUAUUCUAGGAGGAUUUGUCCUUUGAGGGACAUGUUUACAUAAAUUACUCAUAGAUAUUGUUUAAUGAGCUUUUGGUCUUAAGUUAUUUUUCAUUUUACAGAUCGGGUUUUCUAUGAAACUUUUUCAUGAAAUAAAGCAUAUAGUUCCAACAGCUUUGUGCUAUUGUAAGACUGAGAAGUUAGCUAGUGACCCAAAUUCUAACCA